AUGGAACCUCAGUGGAAGAUUUCCGCAGAAGGCGUUGGAAAAGAGGCAAAGUUUGAGUUUCCCGGAAAGGAGGGCAUCGAAGCUCAAUGGUUUUUAGAUGACCAGAGAAUCGAAGAAAACGAUAUAUUUUCUUUUGGAUCGACCGAUGGAAUGAACUGGGUGAAAAUGACCAGUGUUUCUGAGGCAGAUGUCGGAAAGAAAAUCGCGCUCGUUCUUGGAGACGAUCGUCAGGAAGUCACGAUUGAGUUCAAAGAUAAACCAGCUGAAGAACCUCAAGAAGCACAAGAGCCAGUUCCGGAAUCAGAAAAAUCUGCAGAGCCCGAAAAAGUUCCUGAAGCGGAAAAAACACCAGAGCCAGCAUCGAUGGAGGAAAAACCAAAAGAAAAGGCUCCUGAACCAGCCAAGCCGGCACCAACACCCCCAACAGACAAGCCCCUUGAAACAGUGAAAGAAGAUGAAGCUCUCGAAACAAAACCUAAAUGGGUACCACCUCCUGGUGUUGACGUCAGCAGGCCGUACAAAGAUCCCAAGACUGCUAAACUGAUAGAUCCGGCGACAGGCGAAGAGAUUGAUAUUGAUUUGACAGACAAGAAGGCAGAAAAGGCCGCUCUUAAGAUUCAGGGCUUAUUUCGCGGCCAUUUGACUAGAAAGCUGGGUAAAAUGAAGAUCCUCGCCAUGAUGGGUGUUGGAGUUCAGAAGAUCAGGAAAAACCUGAUGACUCUCGAAAUCGUCAAGCCACAGCCUACUGUUACUGUCAAACCCGCUGGAGUCAAAACGAAAUGGUUUCGAGAUCCCAAUCACGGAUACUGGGUUCAGCCAGGGCAACAGGGCAUUCGAGAUUGA